AGAGUGAAGCGGGACGUUGAGGAGGAGAACCUCUGGUUCGGGACAAAGGAGGAGGGAGCGAUUAGGACAGAAGAGAGGCGAGGCAAAGUGCAGAGCGUGAGAAGGCCUCUCGAGUUAACCCAGCUUUGGGCAGAGGAGGAGCCAUGGUCCCGCUGCUCUGGCUGCUGCUCUGCUCCUUCUCCCUGACUUGGGGCGAGACCUUCCGCUUCAGCCUGGACGAGGAAGAGCCCCCCGGGACGGUCUUCGGCGUCCUCGCGGAGGAGAUGCAGAAGCGGCUGGGCUCUGCCGUCGCCUGGAGCUUCCGCCUGCUGAAGCCGCCGGGCAACGGGUCCCUGGUGCGUGUGCGCGAGCGGGACGGGCAGCUGAGCCUGGGUCCGGAGCGGCUGGACCGGGAGGCGUUGUGCGGGCCGUCGUCGGCGUGGUGCGCGCUGAGCUUCGACGUGGUGUGCCUGGGGGCGCCCUCGUCGUCUUCGUCCCCGUCCUCGUCGUACCAGCUGCUGCAGGUGGAGGUGGAGGUGGUGGACGUGAACGACCACGCGCCCCGGUUCCCGCAGGCGGAGGUGGGCCUGGAGGUGUCGGAGGCGGCGCUGCCGGGGACGCGGCUCCCGCUGGGGCUGGCGCUGGACCCGGACGCGGGCGCCAAUGGCGUACAGAGCUUCGCGCUCUCGCCCAACCGGCACUUCGGACUGGAGGCGCCGCGCCGCGCGGACGGGCUGAAGGGCGCCGAGCUGGUGCUGCUGGCGCCGCUGGACCGCGAGGCGCAGGCCUCGUUCCGCCUGGAGCUGGUGGCCAAGGACGGCGGGAGCCCGGCGCGGUCGGGCACGGCCACGCUGGCCCUGCGCGUACUCGACGCCAACGACAACGCGCCGGCCUUCCCCCGCGGGGGCGCGCCGCGCCUGCUGGAGCUGCCCGAGGACGCGCCGCCGGGCGCCGCGCUGCUGGAGCUGGGCGCCGCCGACCCGGACGAGGGCGCCAACGGGGCGCUGCUCUACUCGUGGGGCAGCCAGGUGGGGCCCGAGGCGCGCGCCCUCUUCGCCCUCGACCCGCUCUCGGGCCGCCUCAGCCUCCGCGCCGCCCUCGACUACGAGCGCCACACCGCCUUCGAGCUCGACGUCCAGGCCUCCGACCGCGGCGCCAGCCCGCUCCGCGCCGCCUGCAAGGUCCUCGUCCGCCUCACCGACGUCAACGACAACGCGCCCCAGAUCGACCUCAGGCCCCUCCGGGCGGGAGACGGAGACGAGGGGGGCCCCGACGGGGAGGUGGUGGUGGCCUACGUCAGCGAGGCCGCGCCCACAGGCAGCCUGGUGGCCCUGGUCAGCGUCUGGGACCGCGACUCCGGCGCCAACGGGCAGGUGCGCCUCUCCCUGGAGCCCCCCGGGGAAGGCAGGCAGGGCCCCCCGCCGCCCUUCGCCCUCCGCCCCGCCCACGACGAGGAGGAGGAAGAGGCGGCGGAGGAGCAGGAGGCCAAGGAGAAGGCGCGCUCCUUCCUGCUCCUCACCACGGGGCCGCUGGACCGCGAGCGCGUGCCCGACUACAACCUCACCCUCCUGGCCCAGGACCUGGGCGCGCCCCCCGCCCGCACCGCGCGCCGCUUCUCCGUCCGCCUCGCCGACGAGAACGACCACGCGCCCCGCUUCGCCUCCCCCGCCCUCCGCCUCCCGCUGCCCGAGAACAACCCGGUGGCCGUCGAGGACGGAAGGAGGCCCUGGCUGACUUCUACAGCGGCGCUGCGGCUGAUUCCUACGGAGGGGCUGCCCCCUGGCGUCGGAAUCAUGGACCUGCGACCUCGCUUCCCUGGGAAAGAGCCUUGGGAGCUCUCCGUGGUGCUGAUCUGGGUGCUGGCUGGAGGCUGUGGCGUGCUGCUGGUCGCCAUCCUCCUGGUGGGAGCCUCCCUUUGCAAAAGCAGGAGGAACUUUCGCAAAGGAGGGAUGCCCCCGAAGCUGAGGGCAUCCCAAAGAGGCCAGAGAGGCGACUUCUCGCUUGGACAGCAUGGCUGCGUGGCCACAGAUUCAGAAGCUAACACUGCUGCCCCUUUGGGAGAAGAAAGCAGCAGAGAUGCCUUGCAUGGGGCAGAGAGAGGCCUCCCUAGUUCUGCCUCCCAGGGUCAAGGUGUGACAUCUCAUCUACUCUCAUCAGUAUGGGAGGUGGGCCAAAUAGCUUCAAGCUUCAGUGACCAUUCAGCUUUGGAUCAAUUGAGUGGGAAAGAUAGUGGAAAAGGAGACAGUGAAUGCAAUGACAGUGACUCGGACUGUAGUCGGGAAGGACUGAAGAGGCCCUCAGCAAAAAAGUCUGAGCAGCCUGCUGGAGCUGCUGCCUUUAACAAAGCAACAUUGUUCAGAGAUACAAACAAUGGCUGUGGACUGCUCGGCCACCCACCUUCAAGAAGCAUGCCUUUUCAAUUCCAUCAUGAACAUGAAGGCAUAAUCACCUAUUCUGAAGCUCAGCAUUAUAGAUAUAAUCCCCAACUUAAGAAAACUCAUUUUCAUCCUGAGCUGCUGAUGCGAAAUGAAGGCUGCUCUCCAGAUCAGGUUGAAAGACUACACAGCAUCUAUGAUAAAGUACUUAAGGACAACACAGCCCUGACUAGGACUCCAAUACUGUGCAAAGAAUUAAAUUUUUCUCCACAGAAAUCUUUAUCUACUAAUAUCUCUGAGAUAGCAACAUCAUUUUGAUAGAGCAAGAUAAAAAUGUUCCAUCCUGGAUCCUGGUUGAUAGCAUUUGUAGGUUGACGUCACUGGGAACACUAAGGAUGUACUCAGUGAAAUAAUCAGGAAUCAAACUCACUUGGCAUUGGCUCUGUUGUGCCUGUAUGUAAAAACUAUUGUCUGAAGCUUACCUAAGAGGUAAGCUGGAAAAAAUAAGUUCUUAAUUAAGUUAUGGAGUAAGAAAUGUAAGUCUACAUGAAUACUUCUUUUCUUAUUGUUUUCGAUUUCUGGAGAAUUUAUGUAUAAAAAACCCUAAAAAUGGACACAUAUAUUUUUUAAAAGAUAAAAAAUCUUGGAUUCUGAUUUUUGGACCAUGUGGUUUUUAAUAAUUGGUUUUAAUGCUUAGAUGUUUUAAUGUUUAUGGUUUUUAAUGUACAUAUUUAUAUUUUUAUUCUAUGUUUGUAUAUGCGGCCUUGAAUUGUUGCCUACUUGUAACCCGCUCUGAGCCCCCUUCAGGGUGAGAAGGGAGGGGUAUAAAUAAAGUAAAUAAAUAAAUGUAUAAAGAUGAAA